UUUGUAAUGUUUUAUCUUAAAUGGUUCUCUUUCUCACUUUGUUCUCUUUACGGCAAGGCUACGACGGUGACGGGGAAGAGGUGUGGGUCUGGGCUCGUGGUCUUCCUCGUCUCAGAUGCGGGCUCAAUGGUGGGGAUGGGGAUCGACGUGAUGAGAAGAAUCAUCUUCCUCAGAUGAAAAAUGACAUGAAAAAUACUACAAGUCUUCUGAUUCCAUCAAAUGUAAAGACGGAUCCAAGAAAUUCACCAAAACCCAGCUCAACGACAACUUCUACGACUGCCCCGAUGGCACCGACGAGCCUGGAACAUCUGCUUGUCCAAAUGGAAGAUUCUAUUGUUAAAAUGCAGGGCAUGCUCCUAGAGUGUUAUUCUACUAGAGUGAAUGAUGGUAUAUGCGGCAUAGAUGAGGAUGUAUUCGGUCAGGAUAUUUCAAGUCUUUACAUAUGCAAAGAGGACAUACUUCAAUUUAUUCGAAUGGAAAAGAUUGGACAAGGAGUUGUCGUUUGCUACAUGAGUUUAGCUGCUGAAGCUGAACAUGGUGAUGCUUCCAGAAAUGAAAGGUCCUCAGUUCAAGGUGUAGAACAGAAAGAUCCUUCAACGGUGUUUGUUCUUCCACUUAUUGUGAACCUUUAA